CAUAAGGCAAAAAGAUCUAAAAUUUGAUCUAUUGGACUGUGUAAGAAUCUGGAGUGAUCAUAAAUAAAUUCCAACAUGGCGACUGCAACAGACACAAGAGGAAAUGUGGUUAAAAUGGACGUGGAUUUCUCGUCUAAUGUGACGGAACUUUUGCCAAAAUGUGAAGCAUUAGUAAAGGAAGGCAAAACACACGAAGCACUUGAGAGCUUGUUAUCUCUUGAGAAGCAAACUCGUUUGGGGGCUGAUCUUGCAUCCACAAGUCGUUUACUUGUGGCAAUUGUCAAGACAUGCUUUGAGCAAAGUGAAUGGGAGCUACUUAAUGAGCAUAUUCUCAUCUUGACCAAGCGUCGCAAUCAAUUAAAACAAGCUGUUAUGAAAAUGAUCCAGGAGGCUUUUACCUAUGUUGAACUUAUUCCAGAUAGGGAAAAAAAAUUAAAAUACAUCGAAACCUUGAGAACAGUUACAGCGGGCAAGAUUUAUGUAGAGUUAGAGAGAGCUAGACUUACAAAGAUAUUAGCGACUUUAAAAGAACAAGAUGGCAAUGUUUCAGAGGCUGCUGAUAUCCUUCAAGAAUUACAGGUUGAAACAUUUGGCUCCAUGGAGAGGAAUGAAAAAGUUGAUUUCAUCUUGGAGCAGAUUCGACUGUGUUUAGCCAAGAAAGAUUAUAUCCGUGCUCAGAUAAUUAGCAAGAAAAUCAGCAUGAAGUUUUUUGAAAAUAACAAUGAGCCAGAGUUAAAGCUUCGCUACUACAAACUGAUGAUAGAGUUGGCACAGCAUGACUCAGAAUACUUGAACAUAUGCAAGUAUUACUACGCUAUUUAUAAUACACCCGCAGUUCAAGAGGAACCUUCAAAGUGGCAAGAGGCUUUAAAGAAUGUUGUGUUAUAUCUGAUCUUGGCACCAUAUGAUAAUGAGCAGUCUGACCUUACUUUUCGUGUGAAAGAGGAGAAACGUUUGGAUCAAAUUCCAAUGUACAAAGAAUUGUUGAAAUGUUACACAAGGGCUGAGCUCAUGAACUGGGCUGAGAUCACUGACAAAUACGAGAAAGUACUGUGUCAUGGCUUGCCAGAUCAUCUUGCAACAGAUGUGUUCUCAGAAAAUGAAAUUGGUGCAAAGAGAUGGCAAGAUUUCAAAAAGAGAAUUGUUGAGCACAACAUCCGUAUCAUAGCGAAGUACUACACUAAUAUAACUAUGAAACGAAUGGCGGAGCUGUUAAGUCUGACGGAAACUGAUACUGAGGAGUUUUUGUCAAAUUUGGUGGCAUCAAAGGUGGUCUUUGCUAAAAUAGAUCGACCGGGCGGCACAAUUAGCUUUGAACCGCACAAAGAGGCAAAUGAUAUCUUAAAUGAAUGGUCCCAUAACAUAAACUCGCUUAUGCAACUAUUAAACAAGACAAAUCAUUUCAUAACCAAGGAAGAAAUGAUUCACGGACUUUCAUCAUAGAACAACCAUAUAUACUUGUAAUGGCUGACAUGUAUUAAUAAGUAACAUUUAGAGGUAGAUGUUCGUUUGUGGAAUUAAAGAUCCCACUGAAAUAUUGCAA